UUCAUUGUCCUCAACAUCACAGGAAUUCUCAGGAUAGGCCUUGACUUUUGCGGCUGUGAAAAUCUACUGCGAUCUCGUCUGUUUUCGGCCACCACAGUAGGCCCAAAAACUGCUGCCACCUUCUGCCUUCUAAAGAUGUUCCACUUGUUAUUGACACAGUCCAAAGUUUCCAGGUAUGAGUUCUAUACAUCAAUCUCCAGACACACAGAUAAUACUGGU